GUCGCCGCUGCCUGCCCACAAAGCCACCGGCAGGUGCCAGCGCGGCCGCUGCGCCAACGUGCAGAGCCGAGCCGUUAGCGCGCGCUGUUCGUGCGUCCAUCUGACCGUCCGUCCGUCGGCACGCCGCAUCUCCAGUCGGCCCCGCAGCCCCGGCCCCUAGUUGUCCGGCACCUGGAGCCGCCCGGCUGACCCGGCUUUGAAGUGGCAGCCAUGUCUAUGGGCCUGGAGAUCACGGGCACCGCGCUGGCGGUGCUGGGCUGGCUGGGCACAAUCUUGUGCUGCGCGCUGCCCAUGUGGCGCGUGACGGCCUUCAUUGGCAACAGCAUCAUCACGGCGCAGAUCACCUGGGAGGGCCUGUGGAUGAACUGCGUGGUGCAGAGCACCGGCCAGAUGCAGUGCAAGGUGUACGACUCUCUGCUGGCGCUGCCCCAGGACCUGCAGGCGGCCCGCGCGCUCAUCGUCGUCGCCAUCCUGCUGGCCGCCUUCGCGCUCCUCGUUGCGCUCGUGGGCGCCCAGUGCACCAACUGCGUGCAGGACGACACGGCCAAGGCCAAGAUCACCAUUGUGUCGGGCGUGCUCUUCCUGCUGGCCGCCUUGCUCACCCUUGUGCCGGUGUCCUGGUCGGCGAACACCAUCAUCCGGGACUUCUACAACCCCCUUGUGCCCGAGGCGCAGAAGCGCGAGAUGGGCGCGGGCCUGUACGUGGGCUGGGCGGCCGCAGCGCUGCAGCUGCUGGGGGGCGCGCUGCUCUGCUGUUCGUGCCCGCCGUCCGAGAAGAAGCACGCGCCCUCCAAAAUACUCUACUCCGCGCCGCGCUCCACUGGGCUUGGCACUGGGACCGGCACCGCCUACGACCGCAAGGACUACGUCUGAGUGGGGGGACGCCAGGAGACUCCCUUC